ACUAUUGAGAUGCGUGUUCACAUGGAUUGCGCUGGAUGCGUGAGCAAGAUUAGGAAAUCCCUUCAGAAACUCAAAGGAGUGGAAGACGUAGAUAUCGACAUGGGAAUGCAGAAGGUGACGGUCACCGGAUGGGCGGACAAGAAGAAAGUACUCAAGACAGUUCGAAGAUGCACCGGUCGGAGGGCGGAGUUAUGGCAAUUCCUGAACCACCCUGAUCAUCACUACGAUAAUAACUUCACAGACCACUACUAUCAUCAGCACCAUCACGGUGGCUCCACCACCACCCACUACGCUCCGCAGCCGCUGUCAUCUUCUUACAACUACUAUAAGCACGGAUACGAACACGACUACGGCCAUAACCGGAGUAAUAAUAAUCACGUCUCUAGCCAUCCCACACUGUUUGGACAUCAAACAGGCUCUGCUUUCAGUGAUGAAAAUCCUCACGGGUGCUCCGUUAUGUGA